GCCACUCAAAAACAACUCUCUGGUAGGUGUUUACGCUUAGCGUUUUCAUCCUACAAUGAGAUCGCUGCCCAUUGUAGUUUUAUCCCUCCUGAUUCUUGUCCUUGCUGCCCAUGUAUCCCAAGCCGAUGACAAGGGCUCUCCAGGCGGAAAUGGGGAGGGUUCCCAUGAAGGUGACGGUGAUGAUCAUAAAUCAAAUGGCGUAGGGCCGGUGAAAAAGCCAAAAUGCCAUAAGCCCGGACGUGGUCCGAAAAACCAUGACAAUGAUGGUCGAGGACCACCGGAAAAGGAUUGCGAUGAUGAAGAGACGACACCGUCAUCACCGGGGCCUUCCCCAAACCAAGGUAAUGGUUCACCAUCACCACCGCCAUCCCCUUCUUAUUCUCCACCCACGAAUACCCAGUCACCUCCACCUCCAUCAGAAACUAGUCCUACUACACCUCCACCCUACCAACCCAGCAAUCAAUCCCCUCCGCCACCAUCAUCAUCAAGCCCACCACCAACACCUCCAUCUAGCCCCCCUGUUAAACCUCCAACCUACGAACCUAAUGAUCAAUCGCCACCGCCUCUAAUGAAUCCUCCACCCAUUACCCAACCACCUCCAUCUAGUCCACCUGCGGCACCUCCAAUGAGCCCGACUAAUCAGCCUCCUCCACCGUCAUCAUCAUCUAGCCCCCCACCACUAGCUCCAGCCACUCCACCAACACCUCCAUCUAGUCCCCCUGUUAUGCCUCCAUCCUACGAACCUAACGAUCAAUCGCCACCGCCUCCAUUGAAUCCUCCGUCCAUUCCCCCGCCACCAUCUAGCCCACCUGCCUCACCUCCAAUGAACCCGACUAAUGAUCAACCUCCUCCACCAUCUCCGUCAUCUAGCCCCCCACCAGUAGCUCCAGCCACCCCACCAACACCUCCAUCUAGUCCCCUUGUUACGCCUCCAUCUUACGAACCUAACGAUCAAUCACCACCGCCUCCAUUGAGUCCUUCGACCAUUCCCCCACCACCUCCAACUAGCCCUCCUACGGUACCUCCAAUGAACCCUACUAAUGAACAACCUCCUCCACCAUCGCCGGCAUCUAACCCCCCACCACUAGCCCCAGCAACACCUCCAUCUAGUCCCCCUGUUACACCUCCAACCUACGAACCUAACGAUCAAUCGCCACCACCUCCAUCUAGCCCACUUGCUGCACCUCCAAUGAACCCGACUAAUGACCAGCCUCCUCCACCAUUGCCAUCAUCUAGCCCCCCAACACUAGCUCCAAUCACCCCACCAACAUCUCCAUCUAGUCCCCCUGGUACACCUCCAACCUAUGAACCUAAUGAUCAAUUGCCACCGCCUCCAUUAAAUCCUCCGUCCAUUCCCCCACAACCAUCUAGCCCACCUGCCUCACCUCCAAUGAACCCCACUAAUGAUCAACCUCCUCCACCAUCUCCGUCAUCUAGCCCCCCACCAGUAGCUCCAGCCACCCCACCAACACCUCUAUCUAGUCCCCCUGUUACGCCUCCAUCCUACGAACCUAACGAUCAAUCACCACCGCCUCCAUUGAAUCCUCCACCCAUUCCCUCACCAGUUCCAUCAAGCCCACCCGUGGCACCUCCUAUGAACCCGACUAAUGAUCAGUCUCCACCAUCGUCAUCAUCUAGCCCCCCACAAAUAGCUCCAAUGACUCCACCACCUCCCACUCGCCCACCUGCCACGCCUCCAACAGACUCAACUAAUGAGCAAAGUCCUCCACCAACACCAUCAUCUAGUCCACCAGGAGCUCUAUCAAGUCCUCCACCACCGUCAUCUAGUCCAGCAAUGGCUCCAUCCAUUGCCACGCCACCUUUGUCUAGUCCCCCUGCUACACCUCCAACAUACCAAGCUAAUGACCAGCCCCCUCCACCACCACCAUCAUAUAGUACACCGCCGACAACUUUAGCUAGUCCUCCACCACCACCAUUGAGUCCACCAGCAAUAUCUCCAACCACUAGCCCACCUCCUACAUCUACUUCCCCAUCGCCUAUGUCUAGUCCACCAGCAACACCGCCGACCAACCAAGGUAACCACCCACCGUCACCAUUAAGUCCGCCUACCACACCUCCGAUGUACCAAGUUAACCAACCACCGCCGCCACCACAAUUAAGUGCCCCUGCCACACCUCCGACCUAUCAAGGUAAUGCCCAACCACCACCAUCGCCACUUGGUGCCCCUACUGGCAAUGGAUGGGUGCAAGUUCAGAACUUUCAUGACGCCAUGUACUGGCAAAUCGGGCGCUUUGCGGUGUACAAGUUGGUAAACAAGAAGAACAAUUCCCUUGUUGAUGUGCUCUAUGUGAGCAUGCAACCUGCAGGAAAUGGCAACAACUACUUUCUUGUGAUAAAAGUAGCAGAUGAAUAUAAGAAGGUCGGCAAGUAUCAUGUGCUUCUAUGGGGUGUGCCCGGGUCAGCAGAUCAAGCAUGGAAACCAUAUUGGCUCAAAUUUGUAGGAAACUAAGCACAUGGCGAAAACAAGAUCAUCUAGCUGGCGACCAUGCAUGGCAUUUCUAGGGAGAAGAUAUAUAGACAUUUUGUGAUCAAUGUGCGCUUGCAUGGAUUAGUUGAUCUUUGUAGAUUUGAACGGCUUGAUAUCCAACUAUAUAUUCUGAUUUCAAUAAUAAAUUUAUGUUGUGUUCUCAAUAUAAUUGCCUCAAA